AUGGACCCACACAGACAAGGAUCAAGUGACCAUGUGGACGACUACGCUGAACUGGUAGAUGACAUUUACUCCAAUGGCCAUGAGUCACUGAGAUUAAGACGUCCUUCAUCUAGAGGGUCCAAUCGGAACUACCCUCACUUCAACUGGAACCCAGCAGCCACAGAAGUACAGGGGGAGGAGGAGGAUUAUGAUGAAGUGGAGGGCUACAGAGAAACAGACCAGGAGCUUCGGGACCUCCGCACAAUCCCGCUGCCCAUGGCGCUGAAAAGGGCUGUGAGGCAGGUGCAGGAAAUGCAGGUGCCCGUGGCCUCCUCCAGGAUGACGUCGUGGAAACAAAGGAAACGCAAAACCCUGCAGAAAAUGAGAAAUAAUGCCACAGAGUUCCUAAAUCUCUUUAUGCUGUGGAGGAAAUCUUUGCAACAAAUUGGAGGCAACUUUGGCGGAGGUGUCCAGUCUUACUUCCUUUUGCUGCGGUUCCUGGUGGUACUUAAUUUUGUCUCCUUUUUACUGAUCGCCGGGUUCGUCUUCAUCCCUAGCAUCGUCUUCAGAUCUGUAGACAGCCGUCCUGUGAACAACACUGGGCCAGAGGAGUGCAUGAAAUACGAUCCCAAUCCUCAAGGCUUCGUUGUGUUCUAUAAUUACUUUCUUGACUUCCUUUCAGGAACGGGUUUCAUGGAGUAUUCAUACAUGUUUUAUGGCUACUACAGCAACAUGCUGGUGGGUGACAACAACUUCUCCUACAACAUCCCGCUAGCCUACCUGUUGACCGCCGUCUUCUACUUUGCAUUUUGCCUCAUCUGCAUCAUGGCCCGGUUGGGGAUGGCGGCUCGAGUUGCCGUGGCAACGGGAGGCAGCGCUGUGGGCAACUACAGCUUGAUCGUGUUCACAGCCUGGGACUACAGUUGCCUGGGAGACCGAGCAACCAAGCUGAAGCAGAAGAACAUCCAUUACCAGCUACAGGUGGAUCUGGAGGAGGAACUUAGGAAGAAGAAGAUAGCUGCUCUGACCUUGUGUCAUAAAAUAAUCCUCUACUCCCUCCGCAUCAUCAUGGGUUUUGUGACUUUUGGGCUCAUCACGGCAGCCUGCUUUGGCAUCUUUGUGGCCACUGUUUUCAGUCAGGAGAGGAGUGGUCAGAAAGGGAUUCUGGGUUUGAUUUUUGAGUAUCUGCCCUCCAUUGUGAUCACCGCUGGUAACUUCGUGGUGCCUUUACUCUGUGACCUGAUCGCCCUGGUGGAGCGAUAUCCACCCAGCACCACGGUCAUAGUGGCCCUGCUGAGGGCAGUGUCCCUUCGCCUUGUGAGCUUGGGAGUUCUGCUGUUCACCCUGUGGGGUCAGAUCACAUGUCAGGGGGACAUGGAGAAGUGUAACGUGUGCCAGUACAACCACGAGGAGUACCCGUGCUGGGAAACGCGAGUGGGGCAAGAAAUGUACAAACUGACCCUUUUUAACCUCAUCGUCACCAUCGGCGUGCUCGCGUUGGUGGAGUUUCCGCGCAGGAUGCUGGUGGACAACUGGUCCAACAAGGCGACUCGGUGGUUUGGUCGACAGGAGUUCGUGGUGUCUGCCAACGUGCUGGACCUGGUGUACGGUCAGACGGUGGUCUGGACGGGGGCUCUUUUCUGCCCCCUGCUGCCAGUCAUCAACACAGUCAAGUUUGUCAUCCUCUUCUACUGCAAGAAGGUCACACUCUUCUAUAACUGUCGACCGGCGCUCAAGACCUUCCGGUCCACCACCUCCACCUUCGUCUUCCUGGUGGUGCUGCUCUUCGGAUGGGCCAUGGCCACUCUGUUUAUGAUCUACUGUGUAGCUGAGAUUCGCCCAUCAAUGGGCUGCGGGCCCUUCCGCGUUUUCCCCUACAUGUGGGCCAUCGUUCCGACGUCUUUCGACCGCCUCUCGGAAGUCACGCAAGAGUUUCUUCUCUUUGUUGGAUCCCAGGCUUUCUCCAUCCCUCUGUUUGCCUUGUCUUGCAUAGUGAUGUGUUAUUUCAUCGCUCUGGCCGCUGUUUACGGUAAACGUGUUACUUUGCUCAGAGCUCAACUCAAACAGGAGGGUCGCGAUAAGCAGUUCUUGGUCAAGCAGAUUGAGAAACUGAGUCGUCAACUUCAGAUACCAACGAGGGACAUUGCAUAACAAGCCUUUCCCCAUUGCAGACUAUUUUAUUGCUGAUAAUAUAUUUAUGAUACAGCUAUUUAAAAACUGUGUUAUUAUUGUUACUCCAUAUGUAUACCACUAACAUAGUUAGAUUUGACUGUGGGAGGAAGCCAGAAUAUCUGGAGAAAACAAAUUCAAUUACGGGGGAAACAAGCAAACUCCACACAAGAAGGCUGCAGCAGAGCUUUGAAUCGUGAACCUCAGAACUGCAGAGCAGAUGUGCUCACCACU